AUGGAAUUCGUGUCUGGUUACCGAGAUGAGUUCCUUGAUUUUGCUGCCCUUCUCUUUGGCUGGUUCCGCAAGUUCAUGUCAGAGCGUGGAGCUUCAGCCAGCCUUGAAGGCCGUUGGCGGCAGCUGGAGGCUCAGGUCAGAAAACUGCCUCAGGACCCUGCCCUUUGGGUGCUCCAUGUCUUGCCCAAUAGCAGUGGCAUCAGCCUUGGACAAGGGGCAGAGCAAGGCCCAGGAUCAGGCCUGGGGUUGCCCCGCUCUUGGAGAUGACCCCCACUCCACCUUCAAGACCUAAGCCCCUAUGUUAGCUUUGUCAGCCUGGAGGAAGGAGAAGAGGAAGAGGAAGAGAAUAGAGAAAGAGAGUAAAGCUCUAAUGCAGAGUCUGAGGAGAAUGGGGACCCAGCCCCUGCCAGCAAGGAGUCCCCACAAGAAGCAAAUCUAUCAGGGAGUCCAAAGAGCCUGGACAGGAAACAGGAAGAGUUGAGAUGCUGCCCAGUGAAUAGAGCUGAGGAUGAAGCCGGGCCUGAAAAGAGGAAGGGACGGACAAGUGAGGCUGCCCCCCUUCAUCUUUCCUGCCUCUUACUGGUGACUGAUGAAUAUGGCACUAUCUUGGGCAUUGACCUGUUAAUGGAUGGAGUCCAAGGAAUACAAUAGGGCUUAAGAUCAGAGAGCCUGGCUCGUCGGGCCUAUGCUCUCCUCUGCCACAGCAUGGCCUGCCCCAUGGGCUCUGGAGACCCCAGAAAGCCCCGACAGCUUACCGUGGGAGACGCCGAACUACAUGGAGAACUGGAGAGUCUGGUUCCAAGACUGGGAGUGAAAUUAGCUAAAACCCCAAUGCGAACCUGGGUCCCGCCAGGCUUCACCUUUGCCUCCCUUCGGGCUCGGACCUGCCAUGUUUGUCCGCACAGCUUUGAAGUGAAGUUGACACCCUGCCCUCAGUGUAAUGCUGUCUUGUACUGCGGAGAGGCAUGUCUCCGGACUGACUGGAGCCGAUGCCCAGAUGAUGUGAGCCACCGAUUUUGGUGCCCCAGGCUUGCAGCCUUCAUGGAGCGGUCAGGAGAACUAGCAACUCUGCCUUUUACCUACACUGCAGAAGUGACCAGUGAAAACUUUAACAAGGAGGCUUUCCUGGCCUCCAGGGGCCUCACUCGUGGCUACUGGACCCAACUCAGCAUGCUAAUUCCAGGCCCUGGAACCCCGAGUCACCCCCGCGGCAACAUGCCAUCUCUCAGUCUUCUUCUCAGUGGAGAUCCCUACCAACUUCUCCAGGGGGAUGGGCCAGCCCUGAUGCCGCCUGUGCCCUCAGAUCCACCCAAGGGGCUCUUCGGCUCAUGGCAGGAUUACUACUCAUGGAGGGGCCUCAGCUUGGACUCUCCUAUGGCUGUGCUUCUCACUUACCCACUGACUGUGUACUACGUCAUCACCCAUCUGGUGCCUCAGUCCUUCCCUGAGCUCAACAUCCAGAACAAACAGUCACUGAAAAUCCAUGUGGUGGAAGCCGGGAAGGAGUUUGACCUGAUCAUGGUGUUCUGGGAGCUCUUGGUCUUACUCCCCAAUGUUGCCCUGGAGCUGCAGUUUGUAGGUGAUGGUCUGCCUCCAGAGAGUGACCAGCAGCAUUUUACCCUGCAGAGGGAUGGUCCCAAAGUAUCUGUCCGUUCGGGUCCCGGAGCAUCAGCACGCCUCAGCUCUGGGACUAAAGAAAAGGGUGGCCGCAGAGACCUGCAGAUCAAGGUUUCUGCCCGGCCCUACCACUUGCUUCAGGGGCCCAAGCCUGACCUGGUUAUUGGAUUUAACUCCGGUUUUGGUCUCAAGGACACCUGGCUGAGCUUGCUGCCCAGGUUACAGUCCCUCCGAGUGCCGGCCUUCUUCACCGAGAGCAGCGAGUACGGCUACACGAUGGAUGUCCAGACCAUGGCGGGGGCCACCGGCGGGGGCACCAGCCCUCCUCUGCCCAACCCCUUUCGCUCCCCCUUUAGACUCAGAGCCGCUGACAACUGCAUGCCCUGGUACUGCAACGCCUUUGUCUUCCACCUGAUCUACAAGCCCGCGCAGGGCAGCGGGGUUCGCCCCGCACCGGGUCCCGCUCCCGCAGUCCCGACCCCGGCUGCUCCGCCCGCCCCACCCCGAAGGCGUCGAGCGGAGAAAAAGCCCGGCCGGGGGACCCGUCGGCGCAGGUGA